UUUUGCCCAGCGUUUCUCAGGAAGGAGGACAGUUGGAGAGGCUUUGCUGCUAAGGAAAUUUAUUUAAAAUUGCUGGCCUGAAGGGAAAACACACAUAAAGAAAAGAACAGCAGAAGCAAACAAAGGGAGCAUCCACAAAGGCCAAUGGUGGGAAGAGAGACGUUAACUUCCUUGACUUAAGUGAGUAGGUGAGAGGCUCGCUGCAAAGAUGGCAGAAGAAGAAGAAUAUGAGGAGGUGGUGGAGUACUACAUUGAAGAAGAGUUCACUGAGGAGGGUGAACCAGGCGAGAUCAUCACUGAGAUCACGGAAACAACAUACACCACUGGAUCCACCCCCUAUACGGUAACCACAAAGCAUAUGACAGAAAGCACAGAUGCAUCUCACAAGACCUCCCAGCCUGUAAGAAAAAAGGUUGUACGGACAAAAGUGGACACCUCUAAGUUUCUGACCCCUUACCUGGAUCACAGUUCGAAAAUGCAAAAGCUCUUUAGUGACGUAAAGUACAAAGAGAAAUUUCAGAAAGAGAAAGGAAAGCCAUAUGCCAUUACGACCGAUACCCCUGAACUUCGAAGAAUCAGGAAAGUCCAGGACCAGCUCAGUGAGGUUAAAUACCGCAUGGCUGGUGACCUGGCAAAGACUAACUGCCACGUGGAUGAGAAAGCAAGAGACAUUGAACAUGCAAAGAAGGUUUCUCAGGAAGUUAGCAAGGUUUUAUACAAGCAGAACUGGGAAGAGAAUAAGGAAAAAUACCUGCUCCCCCCUGAUGCUCCCGAGCUUGUGCAGGCAAUUAAAAACACAGCUUUGUUCAGCAAGAAACAAUAUACUGAGGACUGGGAAUCGGACAAGGCACUGUUCUAUCCUUAUGACGACAGCCCAGAAUUAAGAAGAGUCGCACAGGCCCAAAAGGCCCUCAGUGAUAUUGUCUACAAAAAAGGGCAUAAUGAACGCAAGGCCAAAUACACUCCUUUAGCAGACCCACCUGAUGUGGAACUCGCCAAGAAAGUAACCAGGCAGCUCAGUGACCUGAAAUAUCAUGAAGAUUAUAACAAGAAGAAAGGCAAAUGGAGCCAAACCCCAUGCUAUGAUGUUGCAGUUGCCAAAAUGAACACUGACAACUUGAGCAUGAGAAGGUACCAGGAAGACUGGGAGAACACGAAAGACCAAAUCUACUUCAUGGAGACGGAGACGCCAGAAUAUGAGGUUAAGAAACGUGCUGGAGCUGUUGCUAGUAAGGUGAAAUACAAAGAAGCUUAUGAAAAAUCCAAAGCAAAUACAGAUUAUAAUGUGCUUCCAGCAACAGAGAAUCCAGUGCUCAAGCAUCUGAAACACGUUGGGAACAUUGUAAAUGAUAGAUUGUACAAGGAAGCGUACGAAAAGGCAAAAGGGACAAGCAUUAACUACUGUGAGACUCCAAAGUAUCAGAUUGACAACGUCCUGAAAAGCAUCAGUGAGGUGAAGUACAAAGCGCCAUACAAUGAAAAGAUUUUGGGCCAUUACAUAGGCAGCUACGAGGACCCCUAUCACUCCCACUACAUUAAAGUGGAAGCCAUGAAGAGCGAUAAAAACUACAAAGCAGACUAUGAAGAAGACAAGGGGAAAUGCUACUUCCCACAGACCAUAACUCAAGAAUAUGAAGCCCUGAAGAAACUAGACCAGUGCAAAGAUUAUGUCUACAAAAAGAAUCCUGAUCAGAUCAAAUUUACACAAGUGACAGACUCACCCGUUUUGGUACAAGCACAGAUUAACUCCAAGCAGCUGAGCGAUCUGAACUACAAAGCCAAACAUGAGAGUGAGAAGUUCAAAUGUUCCAUUCCACCUGAUGCCCCUCUCUUCCUUCAGGCCAGAGUCAAUGCCUAUAAUGCCAGUGAUAAUUGGUAUAAAUACGACUGGGAGCGGCUGAAGGCUAAGCAAGUUGAGAUCAAGAUGGAUGCCAUUCCAAUCAUUGCUGCAAAAGCCAAUAGAAAGAUCGCCAGUGACGUGGAAUAUAAGAAAGCAUACGAGCAGAGCAAAGGGAAGCUAAUUGGAGCUCUGAGCAUUCAGGAUGAUCCCAGGCUGUUACUUUCCCAGAAGGUGUCCAAGCUGCAGAGCGAUAGAUUGUACAAGGAAGCGUAUGAAAAGUCAAAAGGGACAAGCAUUAACUACUGUGAGACUCCAAAGUAUCAGAUUGACAACGUCCUGAAAAGCAUCAGUGAGGUGAAGUACAAAGCGCCAUACAAUGAAAAGAUUUUGGGCCAUUACAUAGGCAGCUACGAGGACCCCUAUCACUCCCACUACAUUAAAGUGGAAGCCAUGAAGAGCGAUAAAAACUACAAAGCAGACUAUGAAGAAGACAAGGGGAAAUGCUACUUCCCACAGACCAUAACUCAAGAAUAUGAAGCCCUGAAGAAACUAGACCAGUGCAAAGAUUAUGCCUACAGAAAGCAUCCUGAUCAGAUCAAAUUUACACAAGUGACAGACUCACCCGUUUUGGUACAAGCACAGAUUAACUCCAAGCAGCUGAGCGAUCUGAACUACAAAGCCAAACAUGAGAGUGAGAAAUUCAAAUGUUCCAUUCCACCAGAUGCCCCGCUCUUCCUCCAGUCCAGAGUCAAUGCAUACAACCUCAGUGAUAAUUGGUAUAAAUAUGACUGGGAACAAUUGAAGGCCAAGCAAGUUGAGAUCAAGAUGGACUCCAUUCCGAUUCUUGCCGCGAAAGCCAAUCGAAAGAUAGCAAGUGAUGUGGAGUAUAAGAAGGGUUAUGAACAGAGCAAAGGGAAGCUAAUUGGAGCGCUGAGCAUUGAGGAUGAUCCCAAAAUGUUACAUUCUCGGAAAGUGGCCAAACAGCAGAGUGAUCUUGAAUACAAAAAAGGUUAUGAAGAGUCCAAGACCAGGUACACAGCACCCCUGGACAUGAUUCCAGUUGUCCAAGCAAAGAAGGCGCAGGCGAUCAUCAGUGAUACAGACUACAAGCGUCUCAUUCAUAAUUACUGCUACCCUCCUGAUAGUAUUAAUUUUGAGCUUGCCAAGAAGGCAAAUCUUAUACAGAGUGAUAAUGAAUAUAAAGCUGACUACAACAGCUGGAUGAAAGGUUGUGGCUGGAUACCCUAUGGAUCCCUGGAUGCAGAAAAAAAUAAAAGAGCUUCAGAUAUUCUUAAUGAGAAAAAAUAUCGUCAGCAUCCAGAUACACUGAAGUUUACACAAAUUGAAGAUGAUCCCAUUGUAGUACAGGCUAAAAUCAACCAAGCCCAGAGAAGUGAUGUACUUUAUAAAGCCAAAAAUGAAGACGUAAUUCACAAAUAUCAUCUCCCAGCAGAUGCACCUCAGUUUAUCCAGGCAAAAGUGAAUUCCUACAAUAUUAGUGAUAAUUAUUACAAACUUGGUCUGGAAGAGCUGAAAUCAAAGGGAUAUGACCUAAGAAGUGAUGCUAUUCCCAUCAAAGCUGCCAAGGCUGCCAGAAAUGCGGCUAGUGACUUCCAGUAUAAAAAAGAUUAUGAACUUGCAAAGGGGAAGUUGGUUGGCUUUCAGAGCCUCCAAGAUGACCCCAAGUUGGUCCAUUACAUGAAUGUUGCCAAGAUGCAGUCCGAUCGGGAGUACAAGAAAGCUUACGAGCAUGGGAAGACCAAAUACAACACUCCACUGGACAUGGUCAAUGUUGUUGCUGCCAAGAAGGCCCAGGAAAUUGUCAGCGAUACCCACUACAAGCAUUUGUUACACCGUUACACUUUGUUGCCGGAUGCUAUCAGUGUGGAGCGGUCGAAAAACAUGAUGGAGAUUCAGAGUGAUAAUCUUUAUAAGGCAGACUAUAAUAGCUGGAUGAAAGGUAUUGGAUGGAUUCCAAUUGGCUCACUGGAUGUAGAGAAAGCUAAAAAAGCAGGCGAUGCGUUGAAUGAGAAGAAGUAUCGCCAGCCUCCAGACACUAUAAAAUUUACCAGCGUGGUAGACUCACCUGUCAUGGUCCAGGCUAAGCAGAAUGCGCUUCAACUCAGUGAUAGGCUCUACAAAUCUUCUGGAGAAGAAAUGAAGCACACGUAUCACUUGACUGCAGACGCUCCUCAGUUUAUCCAGGCUAGAUACAAUGCAGCAAACGUCAGUGAUGCUUACUAUAAACAAGACUAUCAUGAACUAAUAGCCAAGGGGAACAAUGUACUGGGUGAUGCCAUUCCAAUUACUCUUGCCAAGGCUUCAAGAAACAUCGCUAGUGAUUAUAAAUACAAAGAAGCAUAUGAGAAGUCAAGAGGAAAGCAUGUUGGUUUCAGAAGCCUGCAAGAUGAUCCUAAGCUUGUCCAUUCUAUGAAUGUGGCAAAGAUGCAGUCUGAACGGGAGUACAAGAAGGACUACGAGAAAAGUAAGACUUGUUAUCACACGCCAGUGGAGAUGGUCAGUAUCCAAGCUGCAAAGCAGGCUCAGGAUGUAGCUUCUAAUGCUCACUACAAACAUCUGAUCCAUCACUAUACCUACUUGCCAGAUGCCAUGAGUGUCGAGCUGGCAAGGAACAUGAAUCAAAUCCAGAGUGAGAAUCUUUACAAGCAAGACUACAACACCUGGUUCAAAGGCAUCGGAUGGAGUCCUCUGGGCUCACUGGAUGUAGAGACAGUUAGAAAGGCUGGAGACGCACUGAAUGAAAAGAAAUAUCGACAACACCCAGACACGCUCAAGUUCACCAGUUUGGCAGACUCGAUGCCAAUGGUUUUGGCACAGAAGAACACUCAACAACUGAGUGAUAUGAAUUAUAAGGUAGCAGGAGAGAAAAUUAAACACAAAUAUCACUUGGAUCCAGAUGUUCCUCAAUUCAUUCAAGCAAGAGUUAAUGCCUACAAUCUAAGUGAUCAUGCAUACAAAGCAGACUGGAAGAAACUGAUCGCCAAGGGGUAUGAUCUGAAGCCAGAUGCCAUUCCUAUAAUCGCUGCAAGAGCUUCACGAAACAUUGCCAGUGAUUACAAGUACAAAGAAUCCUAUGAGAAAGAUAAAGGAAAACAAGUUGGAUUCCGUAGCCUGCAAGAUGACCCUAAGCUGGUCCAUUACAUGAAUGUGGCCAAACUACAGUCAGACCGGGAAUAUAAGAAGGCUUAUGAAAGUAGCAAGACCAAGUAUCACGUCCCUCUGGACAUGUUUAGUGUGACGGCCGCCAAGAAAGCCCAGGAAGUGGUCACUGACACAAACUACAGACAGCAUUUGCAUAACUACACCCUUUUACCUGACGCCAUGAGUGUGGAAUUGUCAAGAAACAGGAUGCAGAUUCAGAGUGAUAAUCUUUACAAAGCUGAUUUCAACAGCUGGCUGAGAGGAAUUGGGUGGGUGCCAAUUCAGUCUCUUGAGGUGGAGAAGGCCAAGAAGGCUACUGACAUUCUUAAUGAAAAGAAAUAUCGUCAGCACCCUGACAAACUGAAAUAUACCAUUGACAUGGAUGCCAUGGAGCAGGUGCUUGCCAAGCAAAAUGCACAUACCAUGAAUAAGAGACUUUAUGUUGAGAAAUGGAACAAAGAAAAGACUGAUAUCCAUGUGAUGCCUGACACUCCAGAAAUUCUCUUGUCUAGAGCCAACCAAAUCACCAUGAGCAAUAAACUGUACAAGGCUGGCUGGGAAGAAGAUAAGAAGAAAGGUUAUGAUCUGAGGUCCGAUGCGAUCCCAAUAAAAGCAGCUAAAGCAUCCAGGGACAUUGCCAGUGAUUUCAAAUACAAACUGGCCUUUGAGCAAUCUAGAGGAAAGCACAUUGGAUUUCGCAGCCUGGAAGAUGACCCUAAACUGGUACACUUCAUGCAAGUGGCCAAGAUGCAAUCGGAUCGUGAAUAUAAAAAGGCCUACGAGACGUCGAAGACCCGGUUUCACACCCCAGUUGACAUGUUCAGUGUAGUGGCCGCCAAGAAAGCGCAGGAAAUUGUGACUGACAUAAACUACCGGAAUAUUAUCCACACUUACAAUGUUUUGCCUGAUGCUAUGAAUCUUGAACUGGCCAAAAACAUGAUGCAGAUUCAAAGUGAUAAUCAGUACAAAGCAGACUAUGAUGAAUUCAUGAAAGGGGUUGGAUGGGUUCCAUUAGGAUCUCUAGAAGCUGAAAAGAAUAAAAAAGCCAUGGAUAUUGUCAGUGAGAAGAAGUACAGGCAGCAUCCAGACAAACUGAAGUAUUCUAUUCUGAUGGAUUCCAUGCCCAUGGUCCUGGCUACAAACAAUGCAAAAAUUAUGGAUGAGCACCUUUACAAAAAGGACUGGGAAGCAGAGAAGACCAAGAUCCACAUCACACCAGAUAUUCCUGAGAUCCUUUUGGCAAGAGUCAAUGCAUAUAACAUCAGCAAUAACAUGUACAAACUUUCCAUGGAGGAAGACAAGAAGAAGGGGUGUGAUAUCAGGGCUGAUGCCAUCCCUAUUCAAGCGGCGAAAGCUUCCCGAGAUAUUGCCAGUGAUUACAAGUACAAACUAGCCUACGAAAAGGACAAGGGUAAGAUGGUUGGCUUCCGCAGCCUUCAGGAUGACCCUAAGCUUGUCCACUUCAUGCAAGUGGCCAAGAUGCAGUCAGAUCGGGAAUACAAGAAAGCCUAUGAAAUCAGCAAGACCCGGUAUAACACGCCUGCGGAUACUUUCAGCAUCAUGGCUGCCAAGGAAGCACAAGGCAACAUCACCAAUAUCAACUACAAGAAACUCAUCCACAAAUAUAUGCUCUUGCCAGAUGCAGUAAAUUUGGAACAGGCCAGAAACAUGAAUCGGAUACAGAGUGAUCACGAAUACAAGCAAGAUUACAAUGAAUGGUAUAAAGGUCUUGGUUGGAGUCCUAUGGGGUCUUUGGAUGUGGAGAAGUCUAAGAAAGCCACGGAAAUUGCAAGUGAUACAAAGUACCGCCAGCACCCAAGCCUUUUCCCAUUUAAGAAGCUGACUGAUUCUAUGGAUAUUGAACUGGCAAAGCACAACGCUAAUGUUAUGAAUAAGCGUUCUUACAUAGAGGCGUGGGAGGCAGAUAAAACAAAGAUCCAUGUGAUGCCAGAUACACCGGAUAUUAUGCAGGCCAAAGCAAACAAGUUUAAUUACAGCCAGAGACUGUAUAGACUUGGAUAUGAAGAAAUGUUAAGGAAAGGUUAUGAUCUUACUGCUGAAGCUAUUUCCGUGAAGGCUGCUAAAGCAUCAAGGGACAUUGCUAGUGAUUACAAAUACAAAGAUGGCUAUCGCAAGCAGCUUGGCCACCAUAUUGGAGCUCGCAGCAUACAGGAUGACCCUAAGCUUGUCCAUUCCAUGAAUGUGGCCAAGAUGCAAAGUGAGCGAGAAUACAAGAAGGACUUUGAGAAAUGGAAGACCAAGUACAUUAGUCCUGUGGACAUGUUGGGUGUCUUGUUGGCCAAGAACUGUCAGAAGCUUGUCAGUGAUGUUGAUUACCGCCAUCACCUGCACCAGUGGAUAUGUCUGCCAGACCAGAAUGAUGUCAUCCAUGCUCGGAAAGCAUAUGAGCUACAGAGUGAUAAUGCAUACAAAUCAGAUCUCGAGUGGCUUAAAGGCGUUGGUUGGAAUACAUUUGGAUCUCUGGAGUCAGAGAAGAACAAGAAAGCCUCUGAAAUUCUUAGUGAAAAGAAUUAUCGCCAGCAUCCAGACACGAUUAAAUUUACAAGUAUUCCUGAUUCAAUGGAGGUGGUUCUGGCCAAAGAAAAUUCCAAGCACAGAAGUGAUAGACUAUAUAAAGAAGCUUGGGAGAAGGAUAAAACACAGAUUCACAUUAUGCCUGAUACUCCAGAAAUCAUGUUGUCGAGAGUCAACUUAAUCAACACAAGUGAUAAACUCUACAAGUUAGGGUAUGAAGAACUGAAGAAGAAAGGCUAUGUGCUUCCAGUAGAUGCCAUCCCGGUCAAGGCAGCAAAAGCAUCUCGAGAUAUUGCCAGUGAAUACAAAUACAAAGAUGGCUAUCGCAAGCAGCUUGGCCACCAUAUUGGAGCUCGCAGCAUACAGGAUGACCCUAAGCUUGUCCAUUCCAUGAAUGUGGCGAAGAUGCAAAGUGAGCGAGAAUACAAGAAGGACUUUGAGAAAUGGAAGACCAAGUACGCCAGUCCUGUGGAUAUGCUGGGAGUCUUGUUGGCCAAGGACUGCCAGAAGCUUGUCAGUGAAGUUGAUUAUCGCCAUUACCUGCACCAGUGGACAUGUCUGCCAGACCAGAAUGAUGUUGUGCAUGCCAGGAAGACUUAUGAUCUUCAAAGUGAUAUUGCGUAUAAAUCAGAUCUUGAAUGGCUGAAGGGUGUUGGAUGGUCCCCAAGUGGCUCUCUGGAAGCUGAGAAAAAUAAGAGAGCCUCCCAGAUUUUGAGUGACCACGCCUACAGGCAGCAUCCCGAACAGUUCAAAUUCACCAGUCCCAUUGAUUCUUUGCCGAUGGCUCUGGCAAAGCAUAACUCUGAAAUUAUGAACCAUCGCAUGUAUGUUGACGCUUGGAAUAAGGAUAAAACCAGCAUCCACAUUAUGCCAGAUACUCCGGAAAUUCUACUGUCACAGCAGAACAAGAUCAACUAUAGUGAUAAAUUAUACAAGCUUUCACUAGAAGAGGCCAGGAAAAAGGGAUAUGAUCUCCGAGCGGAUGCCAUUCCAAUCAAGGCUGCAAAAGCUUCCAGAGAUAUUGCGAGUGAGUACAAAUACAAAGAUGGCUAUCGCAAGCAGCUUGGCCACCAUAUUGGAGCUCGCAGCAUACAGGAUGACCCUAAGCUUGUCCAUUCCAUGAAUGUGGCCAAGAUGCAAAGUGAGCGAGAAUACAAGAAGGACUUUGAGAAAUGGAAGACUAAGUACACCAGUCCUGUGGAUAUGUUGGGUGUCCUGCUGGCUAAGAACUGCCAGAAACUCGUCAGUGAUAUUGAUUAUCGCCAUCACCUGCACCAGUGGACAUGUCUGCCAGAUCAAAAUGAUGUCAUUCAUGCUAAGAAGGCCUAUGAAAUACAGAGUGAUAAUUGUUACAAGUCAGAUCUUGAAUGGAUGAAAGGUAUUGGCUGGGUCCCCAUCGGCUCACUGGACACUGAAAAAGCCAAGAAAGCUGGAGAGAUCCUCAGUGAAAAGCUAUACCGCCAGCCACCAGAUAGAUUCAGAUUCACCAGUGUGACAGAUUCUCUAGACUUGGUACGGGCCAAGCAUAAUGCAGAGACCAUGAAUAAGCGUUUGUACACUGAAGCUUGGGAUAAAGACAAGACGCAAAUCCACAUAAUGCCUGACACUCCUGAAAUCAUGCUGGCAAGACAAAACAAGCUCAACUAUAGUGAGAGUCUAUAUAAACUUGCUCUGGAAGAAGCAAAGAAGAAGGGCCAUGAUUUGCGAAUUGAUGCCAUUCCAAUCCAGGCUGCGAAGGCAUCAAGAAUUAUUGCCAGCGAUUACAAAUACAAAGAAGGCUAUCGCAAGCAGCUUGGCCACCAUAUUGGAGCUCGCAGCAUAGAGGAUGACCCUAAACUUGUCCAUUCCAUGAAAGUGGCAAAAAUGCAAAGCGAGAGGGAAUACAAGAAGGACUUUGAGAAAUGGAAGACCAAGUACUCCAGUCCUGUGGACAUGCUGGGAAUCUUGCUGGCUAAGAACUGCCAGAAACUCGUCAGUGAUAUUGAUUAUCGCCAUUACCUGCACCAGUGGAUAUGUCUGCCAGACCAGAAUGAUGUCAUUCAAGCUAGAAAGGCUUAUGAUCUGCAAAGUGAUGCUAUUUAUAAGCAAGAUAUGGAAUGGCUGAAAGGUGUAGGGUGGAUUCCUGUUGGCUCCCUGGAAGUAGAGAAGGUGAAGAGAGCGGGAGACAUCUUAAGUGAGAAGAAGUACCGCCAGCCCCCAGAGCAAUUUAAGUUUACCAGCAUCCCUGAUUCUUUGGAGAUGGAGUUGGCCAAACAUAAUGCUGAGACGAUGAACAAGCGCCUGUACACUGAGGCUUGGGAUAAAGACAAGACUACAAUCCAUGUCAUGCCUGAUACCCCUGAAAUCAUGCUUGCAAAACUCAACAAACUGAACUAUAGCGAGAAAUUGUACAAACUGGCUAUGGAAGAAUCAAAGAAGGAAGGCUAUGACCUACGGGUUGAUGCUAUCCCAAUUCAAGCAGCCAAGGCAUCCAGAAAUAUUGCCAGCGAUUACAAAUACAAAGAAGGCUAUCGCAAGCAGCUUGGCCACCAUAUUGGAGCUCGCAGCGUACAAGAUGACCCUAAAAUUGUCCAUUCCAUGAACGUGGCUAAGAUGCAGAGUGAGAGGGAAUACAAGAAGGACUUUGAGAAAUGGAAGACCAAGUACACCAGUCCUGUGGACAUGUUGGGAAUCUUGCUGGCUAAGAACUGCCAGAAACUCGUCAGUGACGUUGAUUAUCGCCAUUACCUGCACCAGUGGAUAUGUCUGCCAGACCAGAAUGAUGUCAUCCAAGCUAGAAAGGCUUAUGAUCUGCAAAGUGAUGCUAUUUAUAAGCAAGAUAUGGAAUGGCUGAAAGGUGUAGGGUGGAUUCCUGUUGGCUCCCUGGAAGUAGAGAAGGUGAAGAGAGCGGGAGACAUCUUAAGUGAGAAGAAGUACCGCCAGCCCCCAGAGCAAUUUAAGUUUACCAGCAUCCCUGAUUCUUUGGAGAUGGAGUUGGCCAAACAUAAUGCUGAGACGAUGAACAAGAGGCUAUACACUGAAGCCUGGGAUGCUGAUAAAAAAACCAUUCACGUCAUGCCGGAUACCCCAGAGAUUUUGCUGGCGAAAGCAAAUUCAGCAAAUAUUAGCCAUAGACUUUAUAUUGAAGGAUGGGAGGAAGCCAAGAAGAAGGGAUAUGACCUGAGAGCUGAUGCAAUUCCUAUCAGAAGUGCAAAGGCAUCAAGGGACAUAGCUAGUGAUUAUAAAUACAAGGAAGCACACGAGAAGCAGAAAGGGCACUACAUUGGGGUCAAAAGCCUUCAAGAGGAUCCCAAGUUGGUAUGGUUUACGCAUGUAGCCAAGAUCCAGAGUGACAGAGAGUACAAGAAGGACUUUGAGAAAUGGAAAACCAAGAUCCAUAGCCCUGUUGACAUGCUCUCAAUCUUGCUGGCUAAGAAUUGCCAGAAGCUGGUCAGUGACGUGGACUAUCGCCAUUAUUUGCAUGAAUGGACUUGCCUGCCAGACCAGAAUGACGUCAUCCAGGCCAGGAAAGUGUACGAGCUGCAAAGUGAUAAUGCUUACAAGUCAGAUUUGGAAUGGCUGCGUGGUAUUGGUUGGAUCCCAGAAGGUUCUUUGGAGGUCCAAAGAGUGAAGAAGGCACAGGAAAUUCUGAAUGACAGACUCUACCGUCAACAGCCAGACUCUCUGAAGUUCACCACUAUUGUGGAUUCUCCCGAUAUUGUCUUGGCUAAAGCCAAUGCUCUGCUCCAGAGUGGGGCAUUAUAUCGCGAACUCUGGGAUAAAGAAAAGACACAAUUCACCCUCCCACCUGAUACUCCCGAGUUGAUCCUCUCCAAAAUGAAUGCUCUGAAUGCCAGCAAGAAAUAUUAUCAAUCAGGGUGGGAAGAAACUAAGAAGAAAGGUCACGACUUAAGACUGGAUGCCAUUGAAAUCCAGCAUGCCAAGGCUUCUAGAAAUAUUGCCAGUGAGUACAAGUACAAAGAAGGUUACCGUAAGCAACUUGGACACCAUGUGGGAUGCCGAGACAUCUAUGACGAUCCCAAGAUGGUGCUGGCGAUGCAGGUGGCCAAAAUGCAAAGUGAAAGGGAGUACAAGAAGCAUUUUGAGAAAUAUAAGACCAGGUUCAACAGUCCAGUGGACAUGCUGUCCAUCUUGUUGGCCAAGAACUGUCAGAAGCUGGUUAGUGAUAUUGACUACCGCCACUAUCUGCACGAGUGGACAUGUUUGCCUGACCAGAACGACGUCAUCCAAGCCAAGAAAGCGUAUGAGCUACAAAGUGAUAAUGCCUACAAAUCAGACCUGGAAUGGCUGCGUGGCAUUGGCUGGAUGCCGGAAGGCUCUGUGGAAGUGCUCAAAGUGAAGAAAGCUCAAGACCUCCUGAAUGACAGGUUGUAUAAACAACGCCCGGAUGCGCUGAAAUUUACCAGCAUUCCAGAUCCACCACCUGUUGUCUUGGCUAAGAUCAAUUCCCAGCAGAUCAGCGAGAAUCUGUAUCGUGAAGCCUGGGAUAAGGACAAGACUCAGUUCAAGCUUCCUGCUGAUACCCCUGGAAUGCUGCAAUCCAAGCUUAAUGCUCUGAUGAUAAGCAAUAAACAUUAUACUGGAGCCUGGGAUGAAGCCAAGGCAAAAAGUUAUGACAUAAGAGCAGAUGCUAUCUCAAUCAAGCACGCUAAAGCUUCCAGAGACAUUGCUAGUGAGUACAAAUAUAAAGAAGCUCAUGAGAAGCAGAAGGGCCACUACAUUGGAAUUCCUUCAGCAACAGAAGACCCUAAACUUUCAUGGGCUGCCAAAGUACUGAAGAUGCAAAAUGACAGACUAUAUAAGCAGGCAUACCAUAAUUCAAAGGCCAAUAUCACCAUACCUGUUGACGCUGUGCCUAUCCAAGCAGCCAAGCAAUGCCAGACUUUAGUAAGCGAUAUCGAUUAUCGCCAUUAUCUGCACCAGUGGUCUUGUCUGCCGGACCAGAAUGAUGUCAUCCAGGCAAGGAAAGCAUAUGACCUCCAGAGUGAUGCUGUGUAUAAGUCAGAUCUGGAAUGGCUCCGAGGGGUUGGAUGGAUGCCUGAUGAGUCGCCCAUCGUGAAGAGAGUAAAAUUUGCCCAGGAGAUCCUGAGUGACAAUCUGUAUCGCACUCCUGCUGACCGCCUGAAAUUUACCCCCAUCGUUGACUCGCCAGAUGUCCUGCUUGCCAAAACCAAUGCUGAGCAGCUCAGUCUGGCUAAAUAUAGAGAAGCGUGGGAUAAAGAUAAAACGAUGAUCCAUGUGAUGCCAGACACCCCGGAAAUCAUGCUCUCCAGAGCAAAUGCUAUCAACGUGAGCAAUAAACUUUACAGAGACGCUUGGGACGACAUAAAGAAAUACAUUGAUUACAGAGUAGAUGCAGUUCCAAUCAAGACAGCCAAGGCUUCUAGAGAAAUUGCCAGUGAUUACAAAUACAAAGAAGGUUACCGUAAGCAACUUGGACACCAUGUGGGAUGCCGAGACAUCUAUGACGAUCCCAAGAUGGUGCUGGCGAUGCAGGUGGCCAAAAUGCAAAGUGAAAGGGAGUACAAGAAGCAUUUUGAGAAAUAUAAGACCAGGUUCAACAGUCCAGUGGACAUGCUGUCCAUCUUGUUGGCCAAGAACUGUCAGAAGCUGGUUAGUGAUAUUGACUACCGCCACUAUCUGCACGAGUGGACAUGUUUGCCUGACCAGAACGACGUCAUCCAAGCCAAGAAAGCGUAUGAGCUACAGAGUGAUGCUGUUUAUAAAUCUGACCUGGAAUGGAUACGUGGAAUUGGCUGGUUGCCAAAUGACUCAGUUUCUGUCAACCAUGUCAAACAUGCGCAGGAUAUUUUAAGUGAGAGGUUAUAUCGUACAAAAGUUGAGAGUCAGCCAUUUACUCCAGUGGCUGACAGGGUUGAUUAUAUCACAGCCAAACAAAGUGGGGAAAUACUGAGUGACAUUAAGUACCAUCAGGAAUGGAAUAACACCAAGGCAAAUUAUACAUUAACAGAGACACCACAACUGGAAGCAGCUAAAGAAGCAGCCAGGAUUCUCAAUCACCAUCUGUACAAAGAAAACUGGGAGAAAGAGAAAGCGACUGGUUAUCUUUUGCCUCCUGACAGCGUGCCUCUCGUUCACGCCAAGCAUUCAAGUGACGUCCAAAGUGAGCUAAAAUACAAGGCAGAUUACGUGAACCAAAGGGGUCACUACGUUGGAGUCAAUAAUAUGAGAGAAGACCCAAAACUGGUGUGGUUUGAGCAUGCUGGCAAGAUCCAGAAUGACCGAUUGUACAAAGAUGCAUACAACAAGACCAAGUCUAAAAUUCACAUACCUCCAGACAUACUAUCAGUCAUUGCAGCCAGAGAUUGCCAGCAUGUGGUCAGUGAAAUUCCAUAUCGUCAUUACCUUCAUGAAUGGACAUGUCAUCCUGAUCAGAAUGACUGCAUCCAAGCAAGGAAAGCUUAUGACCUUCAGAGUGAUAACAUUUAUAAAUCUGAUCUGGAAUGGAUCCGUGGCUGUGGUUGGAUCCCAUUAGAUUCAGUGGAGCACCGGAAAGUGAAGAAGGCUCAGGACUUGAUAAACAAGCGGCUCUACAUAAAGGAAGCCAUUGAUAAUUUUGCCAAUUUCACUCCUGUGGAAGACCCCCCGGAUGUUGUUUUAGCAAAAGCAAACUCAAUCAAUCAGAGUGAUCUGAAAUACAAAGAAACAUUUAACCAAGAAAGGGGCCACUAUAUUGGUUCUGAUGACACUCCAGCCCUGAGUCAUGCUAGAGAGAUGUCUAAGCUCUACAGUGAUUAUGUGUAUAAGGAUUCAUGGGAAUCCAUCAAGCCCAUUGGGUAUACGCUGCCUCCAGACUACAUCCCCAUUGUUGGCGCCAAACAUGCUGAUCACAUUAACAGUCAGCUGAAAUACAAAGAAGUGUACGAGAAGCUGAAGGGACACUAUCUGGCUGGAGCUAAGAUAGAUGACUUCCCUAGCGUUGUCCAUUCUCUUGCUUUCCAAAAAAUAAGAAGUGCGUUGGCCUACCGGAAGAAUUAUGAGGACACCAAGGCACACAUUCAUAUCCCAAGUGACAUGAUCAAUCAUGUGCUGGCUAAGAAAUGCCAAUAUAUCCUCAGUGACCUUGAAUACCGAACCUACCUGCACCAGUGGAACUGUUUACCUGAAGAGAAUAAUGUUAUUCUAGCCAAAAGAGCUCAGGAAAUUCUAAGUGAUGUUGUAUAUAAGGAUGACUUGACAUGGCUGAAGGGGAUUGGAUGCUAUGUUUGGGACACUCCACAAAUCCUGCAUGCUAAGAAGUCCUACGAUCUACAGAGUCAGCUGCUAUACACAAAAGCAGGAAAAGACAAUUUGAAGAAUUAUGGUGUGAUCAUGGAUACUCCCGUCUAUGUAACUGCCGUCCAGAGUGGCAUCAAUGCUAGCGAUCUGAAAUACAAGAAAGAAUACCAUAAAAUCAAGGACCAGUAUACAACAGUGGUGGAAACGGCAGAUCGUGAAAGGAUUGUGAAACUUAAGUAUCUUUACAGCAGUAACUUGUACAAGAAAGCCUGGGACAAAGUGAAGUCCAUCAGCUUCACGUUGCCUCCUGAUGCUGUGCCACUGGCUCGUGCCAAAGAACUGAAGUAUAACGCCAGCAUUGUAAAGUAUCGGGAGGAAUAUGACAAGUUCAAAGCACUUUACACUCUACCUCGUGGUGUUCAAGAUGAUCCCAACACAGCAAGAUGUCUGAGAGUUGGCAAGCUAAAUAUUGAUCGCUUGUACAGAGAAGGAUAUGAAAAGAACAAGGCCAAAAUCCAUAUAACACCAGACAUGGUUGACAUUGUAUCGGCUAAAAGCACUCAGAAGAAAGUCAGUGAAAUUGAUUAUCGUAUCCGUCUGCAUGAGUGGGCCAAUAUUCCAGACCUUCAUGCCAAUGCGCUAGCUCGAAAAGUCAAUGACCAACUUAGUGAUAUUGUGUACAAAGACGAUCUCAACUGGCUCAAAGGCAUAGGUUGCUUUGUCUGGGACACUCCUGACAUUCUCCACGCCAAGCAUGCCUAUGACCUCCGGGAUAAUUUCAAAUACAAGGCAAAAGCAGAGAAGAUGAAGAGCAACUACACUGUCGUAUUGGACACGCCUGUGUAUGUUCAGAAUGUCCAAAGUGGACUUAAUCUGAGUGAAGCUGUUUACCGCCAUGAAUACGUGCACAAUAUCAGAGGAAAAUAUACACCAGUGGAUAAGACUGUGGAUUUAGAGAGGGCGACUCAUGCCCACAAGAUACAGAAUGAAGGUCUCUACCGAAAUGCAGGCUUGCGGGCACUUCCCACUGGAUAUAAACUCCCACAUGAUAUCCCUGCUUUCAAACAUGCUAAACAUGCCCAAUAUAUUGGCAGUGACCUGAAAUAUAAGGAGAUUUUUGAACACUUCAAGGCUAAAGGUUACAAUUUUGGACCCAAAGCUGUCCCAUUUGUGACUACAAGAAAAGUCAAUAAAGUUCUCAAUGAGAGGCUAUAUCGGGAGGCAUACCACAAAAAUAAAGAUAAGAUUCAUACCACACCUGAUACACCGCACAUCCGUCAAGUGAAAACAAAUCAAGAAUCCAUCAGUGAUCUGAUCUACAAGACCGACUUUUUCAAGAUGCAAGGGCACUUGAUUUCCAUGCCAUACACUCCUCAGACAAUGCACAGCCGUUAUGUUGGAGAAAUUACAAGUGAUAUUAAAUACAAAAGUGACCUGGCGUGGCUGAAAGGCCUGGGCUGCUUCCUGUAUGAUACGCCAGACAUGGUCCGUUCUCGGCAUUUGAAGAAACUUUGGUCUCAUUAUGUCUAUACCGACGCUGCAAAGAAAGCGCAAGACAAAUACCGUGUGGUUCUGGACACUCCUGUUUACCGGAACAUCCAGGAGCUGAAGACUCAUUUGAGUGAACUCGUAUACAGAGCUGCAGGCAACAAACAGAAAACGAAGUACACCUCUAUCCUUGAUACGCCAGAUUUUGAAAGGGCCAAAAGAGGACAGAAGAUACAGAGUCAGUACUUGUAUGUUGAACUUGCCACCAAGGAAAGACCUCAUCACCACGCUGGGGAUCAGACACCUGCUUUAAAACUUGCUAAGCAUGUGAAGGACUUUGCCAGUGAGAAAAAAUACAAAGCCCAAUAUGAGAAGCUGAAGCACAAGUAUGUGACCGUUCCUGACACACCAAUCAUCAUCCGGGCUAAGAAGGCUUACCUGAAUGCUAGUGAUCUGCGCUACAAAGAAACUUUUGAGAAGGCAAAGGGUAAAUACCACACUGUGAAAGAUGCCCUGGAUAUUGUGUAUCAUCGCAAGGUCACCGAUGAUAUUAGCAAAAUAAAAUAUAAAGAAAAGUACAUGAGUCAAUUAGGAAUCUGGAGAUCGAUCCCAGACCGGCCGGAUCACUUCCACCACCGUGCAGUUACCGAUGCAGUCAGUGAUGUUAAAUAUAAGGAAGACUUAGCAUGGCUCAAAGGCUUUGGUUGUUAUGCUUGGGACACACCUGAUCUCGUUCUGGCAGAAAAGAACAAAGCAUUAUACAGUCCGUACAAGUACAAGGAAUCAUUUGAAAAGAUCAAGUCCACAUUCAAGUAUGUUGCUGACACUCCAAUUAAUAGGCAUGUUAAGUAUGCUACUCAGUUGAUGAACGAGAAAUUGUACAAAGCUGAGUAUGAGAAGAAGAAGGACAAGUAUUCUCUUGUGGUGGAUGAUCCCAAAACUUUGCUGGCCAAAUGGGGAGGUGAACUGAGCAGCCAGUACAAGUACAAAAGGCUGUACGAAAAGCAGAAGGACAAGUUUACGAGUGUUGUGGAUACCCCUGAACAUCUGAGGACUACCAAAGUCAACAAGCAAAUCAGUGAUAUCCUUUACAAGUUGGAGUACAACAAAGCCAGACCCAAAGGCUAUACCACAAUUCACGAUACCCCCAUGUUACUCCACGUACGCAAAGUCAUGGACAGAAUCAGUGAUCUGAAAUACAAAGAGGUCUACCAGCAGAAUAAGUCUCACUGCCACAUCGUCCCAGAUUCCGUUCAUAUUAAGGCUGCCAAGCAGGCCUACAAAGUGAACAGCAAUCUGGAUUACAAGAAGAAAUAUGAAGCCACCAAGGCCCAUUGGCAUUGGACUGUGGACAGGCCUGACUUCAUCCAAGCUGCCAAAACGUCUCUACAACAAAGUGAUUACGAGUACAAACUUGACCGAGAGUGGCUGAAAGGAUGCAAGCUGUCUGUAACAGAUGACAAAAACACAGUGUUGGCUCUGCAGAACGCCAUUUUGGCCAGUGACUUAAAAUAUAAAGAGAAGCAUAAUAAGGAAAGAGGAACCAUCCACCCAGUUCCAGACACUCCUCAGAUCCUUCUUGCAAAAUCUGUCAGCUCUCUUGUGUCUGAGAACAGGUACAAAGAACAGGCAAAGAAGAUCCGUCCACAUGGCUCUUUUACAAAAUUGCCUGAAACACGAGACACUGUACAUGUCAAAGAAGUAACCAAGAAUGUCAGUGAGACAAAUUAUAAAAAACAGUUUCAGAAGGAGAAAGGCAAAUCCAACUAUUCAAUAAUGUUGGAACCUCCUGAAGUGAAGCAUGCCAUGGAAGUUGCAAAGAACCAGAGUAAUGUCCAAUACAAAAAAGAUGCCAAAUCCAAGCUGCAUUACACGACUGUGGCCGAUCGGCCAGAUAUUAAGAAAGCCACCCAAGUCUCCCAUCUAGUCAGCGAUAUUGAAUAUAAAGCCAAGGCUCGUGGAGAAGCUGGCUUGGGAGUCAAAAUGCUUGGGCGUCCAGACAUCGAACUUGCUAAAGAGGUGUCCAAGCUUACAAGCCAGCUCAAAUACAAAGAAAGAUUUGACAAGGAGAAAGGAAAGAGGCCACAAUAUGACCUCAAAGAGAGCAAGAUCUACAAGACCUUAAAAGACGCUCAUAACAUCGCCAGUGAGGUUAAAUAUAAAGCAGAUCUGAAGAAACUUCACAAACCUGUGACAGACAUGUCCGAAUCUCUUGCGAUGCAUCAUGUCUUGAACACCAGCCAACUCGCCAGUUCUUACCAGUACAAGAAGAAAUAUGAGAAGAGUAAAGGUCACUACCAUGUGGUUCCAGAUAACCUUGAACAGAUCCACCUAAAGGAGGCCUCAGAACUUCAGAGCAUAGUGAAGUACAAGGAAAAAUAUGAAAAGGAAAGAGGGAAACCCAUGCUCGACUUUGAAACCCCAACAUAUCUCACUGCAAAGGAAGCUCAGCACAUGCAGAGUGAGAAAGAAUAUAAAAAAGACUUUGAAGAGUCCAUUAAAGGCAGAAACCUUUCCGGCCUGGAGAUUACGCCAUCAUUAUUGCAUGUCAGAUAUGCCACCCGAAUAGCAAGCGAGAAAGAAUAUAGGAGAGAUUUGGAAGAAGGUGUCAGAGGUAGAGGUCUCACCAUUGUGGAUGAGACCCCAGAACUGCUCAGAGCAAAGAAUGCAACUUACAUCUUAAACGAGAAAGAAUACAAGAAAGCUCUAGAGAUGGAAAUCAAAGGAAGAGGCCUGACAGCGCUUGCCUUGGAAACACCCGACUAUAUGAGGGCCAGGAAUGCCACGGACAUUGCUAGUCAGGUCAAAUAUAAACAGUCUGCUGAAAUGGAAAAAGCUAACUAUACCACUGUUGUCGACACUCCAGAUAUCAUCCAUGCACAUAAUGUGAAAAACCUCGCAAGUCAGAAAAAGUACAAGGAAGAGGCAGAGAGAACCAUGGCUUACUACGUGCCUGUUCUAGACACACCAGAAAUACAGAGAGUUAAGGAAAACCAGAAGAACUUUAGCAUGCUUCGCUACCAACAUGACCUUCAGGACAGCAAAGGAAAAGUCACAGUUGUACAUGAGACACCAGAAAUACUCCGAGUUAAAGAAAACCAGAAGAACUUCAGCACGAUUUUAUAUAAAGAAGAUAUUGGAACAGGAACAUCUAUUGAAAAGACACCUGAGAUGCAGAGAAUUAAACAAACCCAGGACGCAAUAAGCACGAUUAAGUACAAGGAGCACAUUGGGAAAGGAACCCCCAUUCCUGAUCUUCCUGAAGUAAAACGUGUCAAGGAGACACAGAAGCACAUCAGCUCGGUGUUGUACAAAGAGAAUACAGGGCAAGGAACUCCAGUCCCACUUACUCCAGAGAUAGAACGUGUCAAACGCAAUCAAGAACACAUUAGCUCGGUGGCUUACAAAGAAAAUUUAGGGACAGGGAUGGCAACUCCUGUUACCCCGGAAAUGGAGAGAGUCAAGCGUAACCAGGAGAACGUUAGCUCGGUUUUGUACAAAGAGAAUUUAGGCUCUGGAACUCCAACACCUAUUACUCCAGAAAUGGAGAGAGUCAAACGCAAUCAAGAAAACUUUAGCUCGGUCUUAUACAAAGAAACGCUGGGGACAGGAACCCCAGCUCCUGUCACUCCAGAGAUCGAGAGAGUCAAACACAACCAGGAAAUCUUUAGUUCGGUGUUGUACAAAGAAAAUGUAGGGAAAGCAACUCCAACCCCUGUCACUCCUGAGAUGGAGAGAGUCAAACGCAAUCAAGAACACAUUAGCUCGGUCUUGUACAAAGAAGGCCUGGGGAAAGGUACCCCGACACCUGUCACUCCUGAGAUGGAGAGAGUCAAGCGCAAUCAAGAACACAUUAGCUCGGUCUUAUACAAAGAGGGACUGGGGAAAGGUACCCCAACACCUGUCACUCCUGAGAUGGAGAGAGUCAAGCGCAAUCAAGAAUUCAUUAGCUCGGUCUUGUACAAAGAAAAUCUGGGGCAAGCAACCCCAACAUCUGUCACUCCAGAGAUGGAAAGAGCCAAACGCAAUCAAGAAAACGUUAGCUCGGUGUUGUACAAAGAAAGCAUGGGAAAAGGAACUCCGACAUCUGUCACUCCAGAGAUGGAGAGAGCUAGACGCAAUCAAGAAAACAUUAGCUCGGUCCUCUAUUCAGAUAGUUUCCGGAAACAAGUACAAGGUAAAGCAGCUUUUGUCCUGGAUACCCCUGAAAUGAGACGUGUUCGGGAGACACAGCGACACAUUUCCACGGUGAAAUACCAUGAAGAUUUUGAGAAGAGCAAAGGCAGUUUCACACCAGUAGUUACAGAUCCCAUAACAGAACGCGUAAAGAAGAACAUGCAGGACUUCAGCGAUAUCAACUACAGAGGCAUUCAGAGACGAGUUGUGGAAAUGGAGCGCAAGCGGACAGACUAUGACCAAGAGCUGAAUAACUACACUGAUCUUCGUGUGUGGCGGACUAAUCCUGGAUCAGUGUUUGACUAUGACCCAGCAGAAGACAACAUUCAGUCUAGAAGCUUACACUUGAUCACUGUUCAAGCCCAGCGACGCAGCCGAGAGCAAUCCCGCUCUGCCAGUGCACUCAGCCUCAGUGGUGGGGAUGAAAAAUCUGAGCAUUCAGAGCCAGCUGACCAGCACCUGUCCUAUUACAGCAAUGGAGGCUUCUAUACCACAACGGCCACAGUGGACUACAAACAUGCUAAAACCGUAGAGCUGCCUCAACAAAGAUCCUCUUCUGUUGCCACUCAGCAGACCACCGUAUCUUCCAUUCCCUCACAUCCUUCCAUUGCUGGGAAGACAUACCGUGCGAUGUACGACUACACAGCAGCUGAUGCAGAUGAGGUCUCCUUCAAAGAUGGCGACACGAUUGUCAACGUUCAAGGCAUUGAUGAAGGUUGGAUGUACGGCACUGUGCAAAGAACAGGGAAGACAGGCAUGCUCCCAGCCAACUACGUGGAAGCCAUGUAAGCCAAAAAGGAGGCAAGCUUCCGUGCAGCAUAUUGACAGGGAGAAUAAAAAAGGCACCUUACCCAUUUAUCCACUAUAAUCCUUAACAGACCCGCUCCGGUACCUGUUUUCCUAUGUUGAUAUGCGUUCAUUUCUUGUGUGAAAAUUGGAGCCAUCAUUUGCCAUCAGAACCAAAUUCUUAAAGAUUCUGGUCACAGAACAAGGGGAAAACAUCACCCUAUCUUUCUCUACCAUUACCUUGAAUUAGCUGGACUUACACCAAAGGGAAAUAUAUGUAUUUUUUGUCCAUCUCAGUUCCAUCCUGUCAUCUUUUUUUUUUUGAAUUGUGUGGUAUUUUCACACUCUUCAAUUUUAUGAACACAAAACAUGCAGUGUUGAUUUUAAUGGUUUUCUUCUGAAAUGACGUAGUGUUCUCCUAUGAGAUCUUUAAAAUAGCUGUCUGUAUUUAUUUCUGUUUCAAGUAAGCAAACUAUAUCAUAAAGCUUGUCAUCUCAAACCAGUAAAUACGUGGAAAAGCCUCUCCUCUGGUCUAUUUAGAGAACGCUGGUGCAUGCCUUUUCUUCCUGAGUGUUCUGGACUCACAGUGCUGUUAUUCCCUCACAUUAGUGACUAAUAAAUUUCACACUCCUGCAU